CCGCCAAAGGGGUCGCGACCCACAGGUUGAGAACCGCUGUCCUAGUGUCAUGUGCAGGCCCUGCGCGCUCCUGCCUUCCGGGACGUGCUCUCGGUUUGAAUGUGCAUGGAAGUUUGGGAUCGAGAUAUAGAGACACCACACGCUAUGAUUUAUUAGGCACUCACCGUGUUCUGUGCUGCUGUGGACUGAAUUGUGCCUGCCCCCAGACCCAUGUGUUGAAGCUCUAACUCUCAGGACCUCAGAAUGUGGCUGUGUUAGGGAAAGGGCCUUUAGGAUAUAGACACACAGGGAAGACCAUGUGAGGACACAGGAAAAAGGAAACAGUGAGAACUGAGGGUGCAAGUGGGCAUGUGUGGGCUUUGCUGCGCGUGGGCAGGGCAGGCAAGAGUCUCCCCAGGCAGCAGCAUUAGUUCUGGGCUAACACGGUAAACUGGGAAGACCUGCCAUCCGCUCACCACCCACUUGCCCCCCAAACAAAAAAGGCCACCCCAUGCUUGUGCCCCAGGGCCAUGGUCUUCAGACCAGCCCCAUCCCCGUAAUCUGUCCUUUAUGCUUCUUCAGGCCAGAAGCCAGGGAGCCCUCAGUGACCACAGAUUCUCUGGACAGCUUCACAGCCCUGUCCCCGCCCAGCUGAGGCAGCGCCAGCACCAGCUCAAGCACAAGGACAGAGCCCCUGGACUGCCAGGCUCCUUGCCAGGAAUCAGGAGAAGAAAUCCAUCUCCUGGAGCUUGAGUGUGGCCUGGGGGACAGGCCAUUGGUCCCACAAUGCCCCUGCCUGAGCCCAGCGAGCAGGAGGGCGAGAGUGUGAAGGCCGGCCAGGAGCCGUCCCCACAGUCCCCUGAGCCGGGCACAGAUGUCGUCCCUUCAGCUCCCAGGAAGCCCAAGCCCAGGAAGUUCUCCAAACUGGUCCUGCUGACAGCGUCCAAAGACAGUGACAAAGUGGCUGCAGCCAAGCGCAGAGGAGUGCACUGCAUCAUGUCCCUGGGGGUGCCCGGCCCCACCACCCUGGCCAAGGCCCUCCUCAAGAUCCAUCCCGAGGCCCAGCGUGCCAUUGAGGCAGCCCCCCCGGAGCCUGAGCAGAAACGCAGGAAGCUGGACACAGGUAGCUGGGCAGUACAAGGGACCCCUCCGCACUGAUGGAGACAGUGGUGAGUGCUCUGAAGUCAGGGGUGGGGGGGGGGGGCCCUACUACUUCCCCAAGGUUGAGACAUUAAGGCUCCUGAGACGGGGCACCCCAGCUACAGGCCUGAGGAACCCCUCACCUCCAUCCCCUGUUGGAUAGGAGCUGUAAUCAGGGAGUUGGGGACCCCAUCUCCCCAGAACCUGCAGUGUGCCCAGUGUACCCUGUGAGCGCUUCCACCAGCCAGUUCUGGUUCAGGGCCUCCAUGUGUAUGUAUACCUGCUUCCUCCUGCCAGCCCAGGGGGUGGAGGGUGCUGUCCUGUGACCUGUUGGGAAGCAGGGUUCAGAGAGGCCAAGUUACUACCCUGAGGCCACCAGCUGAUCCCUGCAGAGGGUGAAGGGGGGACAUCUGGCUCAGAGACCAUCUUCCCACUCAACUCAGUGGGUUGGGUCAGCUCCAUGGCCUUUUCCACCCUCUCUGAGACCUCAGCUUGGGCAUCUGCCCAGGUUCUUGGGCCAGAUAGGCUCUACCCCAUACACGCUAUUGUGAGGAUGCGAACAAAAGCCAGCCUUCCUCAGGUGGAGAGAUGGAGGGCAGAGCCAGGCUGUCUCUCUGCCCCACAGGCUCCCUUAGGCAGGUCUCCAGCAGUCACCAACCCCCUCGGCUGCCAUCCCAUCUUCACACACAGACACACACACACACACACACCCGUUGCUCCAUCCCUGGCCAGGCACUGGGGACAGCAGCAGCUUCCUAGUCCUCAGCCCAGAUUUGGCCCAAGGUUUCCUGGAAAUGACUUUAGCAGCCCCUGUGGCCUUUGGGAGCGUAUGUCUGGAGUUGGCAAUCUUCGAAGUCGGUCAGUGGUGCCCAGGUCAUCCCCUGGUGGGCUGAGAGCUCAGGGACUCGGGUCUGUGCCACACCCUCACCCCUCCCUUUUCCUCUGAGCCCUCCUGACCCACCCCAUUCUC